AUGUUCAGAAACAACUACGACAAUGAUUCCGUCACAUUCUCUCCGCAAGGGAGAAUAUUUCAGGUAGAAUAUGCCGCCGAGGCCGUGAAGCAAGGUUCAGUUGUAGUGGGUUUAACGAGCAAGACACAUGCAGUUCUAGUCGCAAUCAAGCGAAAUGCGGAGGAACUAUCAUCAUAUCAGAAGAAGCUAUUCGCCGUAGACGAGCACGUCGGCCUCGCCAUCGCCGGCCUAACAUCCGACGCCCGCGUCCUGUCCAACUUCAUGAAGCAGCAGUGCCUCUCGCAGCGCCUGACGUACGACCGCGCCAUGCCCGUCGGCACCCUCGUCUCCCUCAUCGGCGACAAGGCCCAGACCAACACCCAGCACUACGGCAAGCGGCCCUACGGCGUCGGCCUGCUGGUAGCCGGCGUGGACGAGGCGGGGCCCCACCUCUUCGAGUUCCAGCCCAGCGGCCUGACCCAGGAGAUGCAGGCCUGCGCCAUCGGCGCCCGCUCGCAGAUGGCGCGCACCUACCUCGAGAAGAACCUGGACAAGUUCGCCGACUGCGGCCGCGAAGAGCUCAUCCGCCACGGCCUCAAGGCCCUCAAGGAGACGCUGGUCCAGGACCGCGAGCUGACGGUCGAGAACACAAGCGUGGGCGUCGUCGGCCUCAAGGAGCCGGGAAAGAAGGCGCUGGAGUUCUUCAAGGUGCACGAUGGUGCCGAGGUCAAGGACUGGAUCAACAGCGUGGCGGACGAUAGCGAGGCGAGUGGAGAGGCGGCGGAGGGUGAUACUAUGCAGGUCGAUGAGUAGGCAACCCAGGUCAGGUCAGGUCUGUGAUGAUGAAAGUAAAAAACCAAUAACCUCCUUGCAUUUUGACCCGGGGCGUAGGGAGCCCGGGCAGGUGCUCGUGUCGCGGCACCAUCUAAACUAGAUGUAUCAAUAGACGACGAACAACAAAUCAUGAAAACAAGUCGAGGUUUAUGGUUAUGGUGUGGCAUGUCCAAAAAAAAAAUUUGCAUUCAAGCAAGUAAUAUGCGUGAUGAUGAUGAUUUUCUUCAUUUCAUUUCUUUACCUCUUGUCUUCACAUCUCACAUCCCACAUCUUAUAUCUCGUCUUC